AUGAAUGACAGCCCGCGCACACAGAAAGUGCAAGAGACGCCGCCCGACGGCACCUGCCGCGGCGAUGGAAGGCCCUCCGCGAUGCGGGUUUAGCCGACCGGCAAGAAGCUGGCAGCCGCGUGCGGAGCUGGGACCCCGCGAGCGAUCCGCGGGGCCUCCUGGCUGCAAGUGUGCGGGGAAGAGACCGACUGUCGGAAGCAGGGCACGGGGCCUCUCCCGCGGGGCGAUCCCCGAACGGCCUCUGAGUGGGGCUGCGGGUCCUAGGGACGCGAGAGGGCAGAUCCGUGGCCGAAACCACCCGCCGCCUUCCCGGCGGCGUCCAGCGGAGCCGGCGCUCUGACCCCAGCCAGCGCCCGCGCGCCCCAGUCCCGCCCGGGAGGGGAGGACCACACCCCUCGCCCGGGAGGAGACCGAGAGCGAGAGGACGGCCCGGCGUGGGGGCGGAGACCGAGGGCGCGUAGGUCGGAACUGCCACCCGCCACACCGCCACUCUUGAAAGCCGGUGCUUUCGCCUCAAAUUCCUGCCCCACCCCGCGCGAGGGGCGGGUCCCGGGCAGGUUCUAGGCUUUGGGACCCUGAGAGCCACCCUCUUUCCCCCGGCGAGACGGCCGACCCGCGCCCACUCCGGGACCUCGCGACCACCCUUCCGGGCGCGAGCAGGACAAGAAGCCUCGUGGGCGCAGCGCGGCCCCUCCCAGCCAAGGGCACCAUGGCCACGUCGGCCCCGCUGCGCAGCCUGGAGGAGGAGGUCACCUGCUCCAUCUGCCUCGACUACCUGCGGGACCCCGUGACCAUCGACUGCGGCCACGUGUUCUGCCGCAGCUGCACCACGGACGUGCGGCCGGCGUCGGGGGGCCGCCCCGUCUGCCCGCUCUGCAAGAAGCCGUUCAAGAAGGAGAACAUCCGGCCGGUGUGGCAGCUGGCCAGCCUGGUGGAGAACAUCGAGCGGCUGAAGGUGGACAAGGACAGGCAGCCGGGGGACGCGGCCCGGGAGCCGCCGGACGCCAGGCUGUGCGAGCGGCACCGGGAGAAGCUGCAUUACUACUGCGAGGACGACGGCAAGCUGCUGUGCGUCAUGUGCCGCGAGUCCCGGGAACACAGGCCACACACGGCCGUCCUGGUGGAGAAGGCCGCCCAGCCCCACAGGGAGAAAAUCCUGAACCACCUGAGUACCCUGAGGAGAGACCGGGACAAAAUUCAGGGCUCCCAGGCCAAGGGAGAAGCUGAUAUCCUGACUGCACUGAAGAAGAUCCAGGACCAGCGGCAGAACGUCCUGGCCGAGUUUAAGCAGGCGCACGAGUUCCUGCGGGAGCGGGAGCAGCACCUGCUGGAGAAGCUGGAGGCGCUGCAGCAGGAGCUGGCAGAGGGUCGCGAGAAGUACAAGAGCAGGGGUGUCGCGGAGCUGGCCCGGCUGGCGCUGGUCAUCUCCGAGCUGGAGACCAAGGCGCAGCAGCCAGCCGCAGAGCUCCUGCAGGACACCAGGGACUUCGUGAACAGGUACCCACGGAAGAAGUUCUGGAUCGGGAAGCCCAUUGCUCGGGCGGUUAAGAAGAAGACGGGAGAGUUCUCCGAGAAACUGCAGUCCCUGCAGAGAGGCCUGAGAGAGUUCCAAGGGAAGCUGCUCAGAGACUUGGAAUAUAAGACAGUCAGUGUCACGCUGGACCCGCAGUCGGCGAGCGGGUACCUGCAGCUGUCGGAGGACUGGAAGUGUGUGACCUACAGCAGCCUCUACCAGAGCGCUUACCUGCACCCCCAGCAGUUCGACUGUGAGCCGGGGGUGCUGGGCAGGAAGGGCUUCACCUGGGGCAAGGUGUACUGGGAAGUGGAGGUGGACAGGGAGGGCUGGUCCGAGGAUGAAGAGGAGGAGGAGGAGGGGGAGGAGGGGGAGGAGGAGGAGGAGGAGGAAGAGGAGGCGGGCUACGGGGACGGGUAUGAGGACUGGGAGACAGAUGAGGACGAGGAGUCGUUAGGGGAGGAGGAGGAGGAGGAGGAAGAGGAGGAGGAGGUCCUGGAAAGCUGCAUGGUGGGGGUGGCCAGAGACUCUGUGAAGAGGAAGGGGGACCUGUCCCUGCGGCCGGAGGACGGGGUGUGGGCGCUGCGCCUCUCCUCCGCGGGCAUCUGGGCCAACACGGACCCCGAGGCUGAGCUCUUCCCAGCCCUGCGGCCCCGGCGGGUGGGCAUCGCCCUGGAUUAUGAAGGUGGCACUGUGACAUUUACCAACGCAGAGUCACAAGAACUCAUCUACACCUUCACCGCUACCUUCACACGGCGCCUGGUCCCUUUCCUGUGGCUCAAGUGGCCUGGGACUCGCCUCCUGCUGCGACCCUGAGCCCACCGCUGCUUCCCUUCUCGGGGAUUCCAGGACCGUGACGGGGAGGGGGUGUCUGGCCGCGGCACCCGGAGCAGGUGCACUCCCCGCCACCACCCCGUGGCUCUGGCCCCUCGAGGCUCGCUCAGCGCCGCCGCUCUGUCCACACAGCCCCUGGGGGUCCCCGUGCGGACGUCUGACCCCGGAGUCCGUGAGAGCCCUCUGCGGCCUCGGCCCAGCUCUGCACACACUGUUGAACCAGAGACGAGACAGCCUUCCGUCGCCCAGUCUGGCGUGCCGUGCUGGCGUCCCCUGGGGGAGCACAGGUGACCGCACCGAGGCCACCUGCUGUGCCCGGCGUCCCCUUGCCCACAUGCUCUCCGCUGCCAGCCUUCCCUGCCCCCCAACUCAGCAUCCCCCACGCGAGCAGAGCAGAAGCCCACCACGGUUUCCAGGCGGUUUGAACAAGUUUCCGAGGUGCCAUGGAGUCGCCCAGCCUGGAGCCGGCGCCUCGAUGCUCUGAGACCAGGGUCGAGCACCUGACCUAGGACCCCCAGAGCUGCUUGGGGGAGGGAUCUGGAUGCACGUGGCUCCGAGGCCUUGUGUGUGGUCAGCGAUCAGUAAAUGACCUGAGGGUGAGGCUUUGGGAGAUGGUGACGGGAGUCCAGAACACUGCUCUUGGUGGGUCAUCUGAGGUCACCAGGGCAGACGCCCGUCCAGGCCAGCCUUCCCUUGGAAGCCCCGGCCCGUGCCCCCUGCACAGUGGAUACUUAGUCUGGAUGACUCUGCAGGCCCCUCCGUCCUGCGACGGGGCGGUGGGGAGAGGAGAGGACGCCAGCAGGGCUCCCGGAGCUCGCCUUCGUGUAGGGUGAGGGCUGGACCGCGGCCUCGUGGCGCACGCUCCCUGCUCCAGCCGGACACCCACAGCCUGUGUGUGCACCCGCCCCAGGCCUGGCAGCAGCGUCCCAUGCCCCGGCACCUCAGCCCCCACAUCACCUGGCAAGGUCCCUGCUAUUUCUGCCUCUAGUUUUGUACCCCCAUGCACCUCCCGCAGGGCUGGGCACACAGCAGGUGCUCAAUAAAGACUUGUGCAAUGAG